AUGGAGGACUGGAGAAGAAUCGACAUCGACCAGUUUGAUGGCGACCACUUGACCCCACAAGAAUUGAUACCGGAGCUUCCCGAAACCUCCCACGACGAGAUCGUGGCGUUGUCGAAGCAAAUCAGAAGCGCCUUAACGUCAGGCCAGUUCUCCGAAGCGUUGGCGCUUGCCUUGGAUAGCCCUCCAUACAACGCCAGCGACGCCACCAAGAGCUUGCACUCCGACACCGUGUUCGAGACGUUGUGCUCCAUCAAGAACAACCGCAGCGACUUGAGCGGCAUAAUCAAGCAGUUGAGCCCCUCCCAGCAAGACAACUUGGUGAAGUACUUGUACAGAAACAUGGCCACGCCUGCCGGCGCCAAGCAGGGCGGAUUGUUGUUGAACUGGUUUGAAAAGACCGUGGAGAUCACUGGAUUGGGCCCUGUUGUGAGAUACAUGUCUGAUAGAAGAACCGUCUGA